AUGUUCGCUGGCAGUCUCAAUUUCAUGUCAGGAAUCCCCGGGAUAAGCUGGGUGGCCUCGGCCUUCGCAAAUGGUGCAUGCACAGAUUUGGAUACAAAGAGGAAGGCUGCGACAGAGGUGCGCCUCAAUCGCAAGAUUCACAAGAUCAACGCCAUCAAAAGCAACACGCUGCGGCGCUUGCUAGGAGAGAGAGAAACUCACAGGCCCCGCCAUCGCGGAAGCUCAUCAGAUGAUUGCCCAAGAAGAGGGCGACAAGCACAACAAUGCCACCACGGAAGAAUUGUCCGCCAUCUUAUGCAACAGAUGCCACAAGAAACCCAUGAAAGUCAAGGUCAUGAACUUGAUCCUUAUGAAAUUAUAUUGUCACACCUCCAGGGCUUGAAGUCAUCCACCGAGGCAGAGUGGCAACAGAUGAUGGCAAAGGUGCGCAUGAUGCAGGGCAAGUACGCCUCCCCUGUCCUUGCAUAG